UAAUUUCUGCGUCUCUUAUAUCGGCGUAAUACUAAAAUCUACAUCGGACCGGACUAAGCUCACCGCGCGGUUCGCGAUGGAAACCUCACAGCGGGAGACGAGUUACAGACGAGUUCCAGACGAACCAGAGCUCGAUCUAUACACCAUUCCAAGUCAAUCCAGUUGGUUUUCGUGGGAUGAAAUCCACGAAACGGAGAAAUUAGCUUUGAAGGAGUUUUUUGAUGGAAGCUCGAUAUCAAGAACUCCGCGUAUAUAUAAAGAAUAUAGAGAUUUUAUUAUCAAUAGGUACAGGGAAGAGCCUUCCAGCAGGCUUACAUUCACCGAAGUUCGGAAGUCUCUGGUGGGAGAUGUUAAUUUGCUUCAUAAGGUGUUUAUUUUCUUGGAGACAUGGGGGCUGAUCAACUUUGGCGCAACUUCGGAUGACAAUGAUUUGGCGGAGGUAGAAGAUGGAGAGAGUUCUGUAAUUAAGAUUGAAGAGGGGGUUCCCAAUGGGAUUCGUGUCGGAGCAAUGCCAAAUUCGGUCAAGCCAAUUUCAGCACCUCCUAUUGUGGAAGACAGUGCUAUCGUCAAUGGGAGCGGGUUUAAAUUGCCCCCUUUGACUUCUUAUUCAGAUGUUUUCAGCGAAUUGUUGAAACAGAAAAUCUUAGUGUGUGGGAACUGUGGCCAGCAUUGUGGAUCUAGAUACCAUCAAUGCGCCAAGGAUGGUUAUUUAGUCUGUGAAAAUUGUUUCAAGGAUGGAAAUUACGGAGAGCAGAGGCUCUUGGAAGAUUUUGAGUUGAAAACCAACGAGUUCAUUGAAGAUAGUGGUAAUAUCGGAGCUGUGUGGACUGAGGCCGAAACUCUUCUUCUUUUGGAAUCCGUUUUGAAGCAUGGAGAUGAUUGGGAUCUCGUUGCUCAAAAUGUUCAAACCAAGACUAAAGUGGAUUGUAUAUUGAAGCUCGUGGAGUUGCCGUUUGGGGACUCCUUGUUAUGCUCUGAUGCUCCAAGGAGUGAGGUUAGUGAUCCUAAUAACAAUGUUGCUAGCGAAAAAGAAAUUACAGACCCUCCACCUAACAAUCAGGAGAUUGCCGGAAGUGAAGACCAAUGUACCAAGAACAUAAACGAGGACGAAGAUGAGGAGAACCAAGGUCCUCCCAAGCGACAGUGCACCGGUUCUGUUCCAGAUACGAGCAGUUCUCUGAUGAAACAGGUAGCUUUGAUAUCGAGCAUGGUUGGACCACAUAUUAUGGCGGCAGCUGCUACUGCUUCUGUUACAGCACUCUGUGACGAAAACUUAUAUCCGAAAGAAAUCUUUGAUGAUCAAGAAUUUUUUGUACCUAAUGGAUCGUGUUCUGCGGCUUCCACCACAUCAAAUCAUGAGGAUGAGAGAAUUCUCAAUAAUGAAGAUUCAGUGGCGAAGGAAAGGCCUCAAUCAGGUGAUAUAAUGGCCCAGGACAAAGAUGACAUACCUUUAAUCUUACGAGUUAGAACUGCGAUUGCAACAGCACUUGGUGCUGCCGCAGCACAUGCAAAAUUACUUGCUGAUCAGGAAGAGAGAGAAAUUGAAUAUUUAUUGGCGAUAAUGAUAGAAACACAGAUAAAGAAGAUGCAAUGCAAAGUUAAGCAUUUUGAAGAUCUCGAGCUGAUUAUGGAAACAGAAUGUCCUGUUUUUGAGGAACUAGAAGAUAAACUGUUAAUGGAGCGGGUUAGUGUCUUGCAAUCUGCAUUUGAUCUUGGUAUAUCUAGGUGGAAGGAUUAUCCUUCUGUGAGAUCUUGACAAGUAUUCUUGUACCAUUAUGCUAAGUCGUCUGUCCCAAAUGAUCUUACUCGAUGUAGCAAAGAAAUUAUUUACAUCUUAAUCUCAUGCUAAAUUUUCUUCCACGCCUGAUGUCUGGUAAUGUGAGAGAAUUCGAACCGCUAACUAAGAGUCUAAGGACGGUAGUCUCACAGUAGAUUUGAGCCUCCGAUUUCAAGAGGUUACUUUCAUGGGCUUGUAAUAUGGAAUAAGCAAAUCCAGUCUAUGAGAUGAGCUUUUCUUUGUAA